AUGGAGAGGGGAAACCAAACUUGCGUCUCCGAAUUCCUCCUCCUGGGACUGUCCAACCUGGCAGAGCAGUGGCAGCUCCUCUUCGUGCUAUUCCUCUGGUUGUACCUGCUUGGGGUUCUGGGGAGCCUGCUCAUCGUCCUGGCUGUCAGCUCUGACCCACCCCUACACACCCCCAUGUACUUCUUCCUCACCAACCUCCCCCUGGCUGACAUCUGCUUCCUGUCCACCAUGGUCCCCAAGAUGCUGGUCAACAUUCAGACCCACGACAAAUCCAUAUCCUACGCUGGCUGCCUGGCACAAAUGUACUUCUUCGUUCUGUUCGCAAGUCUGGACCAUUUUCUCCUCACUGGAAUGGCAUAUGACCGUUACAAGGCCAUAUGUCACCCCCUCCACUACACCACCAUCAUGAGCCCACAGCUCUGUACCCUGGUGGUUGCUGGAUCUUGGAUCUUCAGUUCCCUCCAUGCCCUGACACACACCCUAUUGGUGGUUCGCUUAUCCUUCUGUACCAGUCGGGAAAUUCUUCACUUCUUCUGUGAACUUUACCAGAUCCUAAAGCUUUCCUCUUCUGGCAUUUGCAUCAAUGAAGUAAUCGUGUUUGUCUCUGUAGUAGUGAUUAGGGUAGGUCCAAUCACCGGUCUCCUGUUCUAUUACGUUCGCAUCAUCUCCACCAUACUGAGAAUCCCAUCUGGAGGGGGUAGGUGGAAAGCCUUCAGCACUUGUAGUUCUCACCUGUCCGUGGUCUCCUUAUACUACAGCACCUCUCUUGGGACCUACUUUUGUCCAGCAUCUACCCAAACAUUCAGUAAGGGCUCGAUAGCGUCUGUGCUGUACACAGUGGUCAUCCCCACUGUGAAUCCCUUCAUCUACAGCCUGAUGAACAAGAACAUGAAAAUGGCCCUAAGAAACGCAUUCAACAGGAAAAGUAGAGAAGUUCCUCCUUUGAGUGAUGCAAAGAGUGGGUCGCUGGAGGACUCUUCCAAGAAUGAACAAUUAGUUCCCGAGAUGACCAAGCAGUCAGUCCAAGGCCAUCGGAUGCAGGCUGUAUACACUAUCUUGCUGGUAUCACUUAUUCUGCAGCUUGUGGGCCCUAUACCCAAUGGACCACUGGUCAACUGGUCAUCCAGUGAAGACUGCUGUAUACUAGGAUUACUCCAGAAUAAGGGCUGGCCCUCAGGACUGCGGAGAUGGAGAAAGUUGGGCUUGGGAUGCCAGAACCCUCAUUCUUAUGGGAAGUCCAGAAAUGUGGAAGACAAACAAGACUGGGAGCAAGAGCUGGAACUGAGCGUGACAGAAACAAUUAUAUCCUCCGGCCACAUGGACAGGGGAAACCAAACCAGCAUCUCAGAAUUCCUCCUCCUGUGACUGUCCGACAGGGCGGAGCAGUGGCAGCUCCUCUUCAUGCUGUUUCUCUGCAUGUACCUGCUCGGGGUCCUGGGGAGCUUGCUCAUCAUCCUGGCCAUCAGAUCUGACCCACAUCUGCACACGCCCAUGUACUUCUUCCUCACCAACCUCUCCCUGGCUGACGCCUGUUUCCUGUCCACCGCAGUCCCCAAGAUUCUGGUCAACAUUCAGACCCACAAUAAAUCCAUAUCCUACACUGGGUGCCUGGCGCAAAUGUAUUUCUUCAUUCUGUUCGGAACUCUGGACCACUUUCUUCUCACUGGAAUGGCUUAUGGCCGCUAUGUGGCUAUAUGCCGCCACCCACUUCACUACACCACCAUCAUGGGCCCACGGCUCUGUGUCCUGGUGGUAGCUGGCGUGAGGAACAAGGACAUGAAAGGGGCCCUAAGAAAAUUCAUCAGUAGGAAGUAUGACUUCUUACAGAGAUUAUACCUCCCUCAGCAGAACCAGGAAGGGCCAGGACAGAAACCAGAAGCUGAGUGUUCAUUCACAUAUAACAAGAAGCACAGGGAGCCAUGGAGUGUGAGUCCCAAGGGCCCAGAGGCUCUUACAAAUAGUCCUGCCAUGAGCCCCUUUCCCAUCCGCACUGCCACCGCGAGUGAGGAUGCAGCAUUCCUGCCUGGGACCCUGAAUUUCUUGCAUUCCUCUUCCCACACAGCCACAUCAAUUGUUCUAGGAGGAAUUCCCCACCACAAGGCUCAUACCCCGAGGGAGAACAUCAGCCUUCACGCUACUCCGAUACUGGGACUAAAGCAUGUCUCCACCCACCUCCUUGAUGGUAAGCCACAGAAUUGGGGCAUCGUGAGAGUGGGAUGCCAGAAGUCUCAUUCUAAUGGGAAGUCCAUAAAUGUGGAAGACAAACAAGACUGGGAGCAAGGGCUGGAACUGAGUGUGGCAGAAACAAUACUGAGUAGACUUAUCCUGAGAAGUGGGAUGAGAUUCCAUGGAGAAGGCACCAGAGGGAGCAGUGAUGAUGGAGAAAUGUUUGGGAAUGGGGUGUCUGAAGAAACUGGGAUUGUUCAUUCAGGUGAGGAGAAGCCUGAGGGGCCACUGAUGAUGGGCUCCGAGCUUCUGACAGGGUGUUCCAUGGAGAAUGGAACGGAAUUGGGACGGAGAGCCCAAUUCUGUGCCUGGGGAUGGGUCAGAAAUAGAACCCGCUUCACCUAG